ACUUUCUCCGGCCCCGUCGCGCUGCUGUGACGCUAUAAGGCAGCGACUCCCGAAGGCAGCCGUUUUUGCAUCUCUGCAGUGGGAUUCCCGCUCGGCCUCUUUGCCCGCCCGCAGGAUGGGCAGCGGGCAAAAGUCGUAAGAUAAAGAAGACGGUGCGGCGGCGUCGAGAAUGAACUGACUGGGACGCGUCUUGGGUACGGGGAGUGAGGAAGAAGAAGAAGAGGAGGAGGCGGCGGCGGCGGCGCAGUGUAGUCAUGGAUACGGGGUGCGGAAGCUAGCGGGAGAGAAAAGGACAUUGUAAUGGAGCCCUAUCUGAUGUUUAAUACUAACUAGAGGAACACUAAGUUGAUGUGAAGACAUCCAGUAACAGAGGCUGCCAUGGAGAGUAUUACAAAGCUAUUUGGUGACUUGUGUGAGGCCCAUGUAGCAGGUUUGUCAAAGAAGGCCCAUUUUGGCAAGGAGAAGAUCGUCAAGAAAAAAUCAAAGAAAACUCUCAAAAGAAUUGCAUAUAAUGCUUUGUUUGCUAAUCUUUUCAUGGAUGAGGCCCGGAAAGUGCAGUCAAAUAUUUCCAGACUUCCAGUGAAAAACAAAAUUUUAAUGUUAUCUUUCAACUUGAGAGUUGCUGGAAUGGGCCCAGAAGCGGACAGGCUGGAGGAGCUUGUAGAUGAGCUGGAGUCGGCAACUUGUUUACCAUUUACUGAAAUUAAUUCUGUUUUGGAUCUUCUAGUACAGCUUGCAGGAACUGGGCUGCCUCAGUGUUUACCGCCCAAAAAGAAUUACUUUCUGAACAACAAGUAUGUCGGAAGAAAUGUUAAAUAUCAGGGUUACGAUUAUUAUGAUGUUAGUGUGUUUGAAGCCGAUAUGCAGACUUUUAUUGCAAAUGAGGAAUAUCAGUUUAAUGAUACAAUUCAAAAGACAUUGCAGAUCAUGGAGGCAGCACCUGGCACAGGCCUUCCUACCAUGGAAUUGUUUUUACAAAACUGCCCUGUGGAUGACAGGUUUGAGAGAGAAACCCGCGUCUCUCUCUUUGGUGCUCUUGUCCACAGCCGUACAUAUGACAUGGACAUCAAGCUGGAUCUGCCGCCAGUGCCUGACAAUGCAGAUUUGUCUGGGCUUGCAAUUAAGGUACCUCAAAGUAUAGAUCCUUCAGAAGAUGAGGGAUUCCAGUCAGCAUCUAAUCUCACCCCUGACUCUCAGUCGGAACCCAGCAUGACACCAGAUAUUGACCUCUGGGAAGCAGUGCUUACUUAUGGGCCUAGUAAGCGAAGAUGCUGGGAAAGGAUUGGCUGUCCACCUGGAAAAAAAGAGGAACCAUACCUUUCUGAAGCUGGAAGAGAAGCCUUUGACAAAUUUUGCAGACUUCGAGAAGGGGAAUUACAACUUUUCAGCAGUACCAAGCUUCAGUUUCCACAACGUGUACUAAUAAAGGAACCAGAACUAGUCAAAGAUGUUCUGAAUGUCCUUAUUGGGGUGGUAUCUACUUCAUUCUCAUUUAAUCAGGCAGCUCAGAUGUUUGUGGUCAAGCAGGGGAUAUACGUAUCUGGCACAUCACCUGAAAGCAUGCACAGUCUUCUGUCAGAAGUUGCUGAAUAUGGAACUCACUACACACGAUUGAGUCGAUUCUCUGUCCAACCUGUCUUAGACUCCUCAUACAAUAAAGGACUUGUGUUUCAGGCAUUCACAAGUGGGCUAAGGAAGUACCUACAGUACUACCGAGCAUGUGUUUUGUCAACUCCUUCCACAUUAACUCUUUUAACCAUCAGUUUACUGUUCAGAAAACUAGGACGCCAGCUGAGAUAUUUAGCUGAACUCUGUGGCAUAGGAGUGACUGCACUGGGAACUGGUGGAGGUGCUGGUUCCUCAUUUCCAACGGGAGUGAAACUUCUUUCAUAUCUGUACAAAGAGGCUCUAAAUAACUGCAGCAAUGAACAUUACCCAGUUCUUCUGUCACUGCUAAAAACAAGCUGUGAACCAUACACAAGGUUUAUCCACGAUUGGGUAUAUAGCGGUGUCUUCAGAGAUGUCUAUGGGGAAUUUAUGAUUCAAGUGAAUGAGGACUACCUUGGCUUUAGAGAUAAACACUACUGGACUCAUGGAUACAUUUUGAUUUCCAAAGAAGCAGAAGAUUGUGUCCCCAUGUUUUUGAAACAUAUUGCUAAUGAUGUAUACAUUUGUGGGAAAACUAUAAACUUAUUAAAGUUAUGUUGUCCCAGGCACUAUAUAUGCUGGUCUGAUAUACCUGUCCCUCGGAUUUCUGUAAUUUUCUCCCUUGAUGAAUUAAAAGAGAUUGAGAGAGACUGUGCAGUAUAUGUGGGCAGAAUGGAAAGAAUUGCACGUUACAGUACUAUCAGCAAGGAAGAAAAGGACUUGCGUAUGGAAAUUGAAAAACAGGAGUUAAUUGUUCAUGCUCGAGAAACGGCUAGCAAAGCUUUAAAAGCCAUUACUGAUCGACAAAUAUUGGACAAAAUGGCAUUGGAUGCAAAGAAACGUGAGCAGUUUCAGAAACUGAAAGAACAAUUUGCAAAAGAUCAAGAGCGCCGACAUGCUCUGAAACAGGAGGACAUUGAUGAUGAUUUUAGUUAUGCUCGGGAACUCAGAGAGAGGGAGAGACGACUGAAGGCUUUAGAAGAGGACUUGGAGAAAAGGGCAAGGCAAGAGUUAAUUGACCAUUACAGCAAACUAUCUGAAGAUGCAGCUCGUAGAGAAAAAAGAGCCCUAUGGAAAAUUCAGAGGCAUAAACUGGAAACAGCCCGUCUCAAUUUUCUUCUGGAAGAUCAAAAGCGUAUUGAGGACAUGCUGGAGAAACUUCCUGAUGGAAAAUACAGGAAAAAAGUAGACAUCAUUCCAGAAUACCAGUGCCAACAGGAUUCUACUGCAGUUGUCCCUGUGAGAGAUUCUGGCUCUCAGGCAACUUCUGUAGAACCAGAGUGUUCUGAUGUUGUAGGCAUAGAGAGAAAUACAGAGUUUGGACUGGUAAGCACUUCUCUAGAUGACAAAUCACUGGACGGGGCACAAUCAACAAAUAUACAAUCCAGUGACUAUUCAGAAUCUGAAGAACCAGGGACUCUAUCCCAGGUACUCUGCAUAGAGCAAAGCGUGGGUUUGUCAGAAAGUGUACCUGAACUUGGCCUGGAUUUUGAAGAUUUCUUACCAAAACCCCUGGAUGAAAGUCUCAUUGCUCCUGAUGUAGAAGGAAAGAGCUUGUUAGAAGAAGCUCUGCAAAAUAUCAGCUCGGAUCUUUCCCUGACUGAUCAUCCUAUGCAGAAAGAUGUAGCAGGAGGAGAAACCAGUACCCAAGUUCACCUACAUAGUGAAUAUGACUUCAAUACCAUUCUCAGGCCUUCUGUUUCACAGAGUCAUGUCAGGGCUGGAGAAAACGUUUUUGACGUUGAGAGCACGAGACCUCGUUGGAAUGUUCACGGACAUGCAUCUGAUGCAAACAUUAAAAUAGGGGAAUACGUACCUCUCACUACACUUUCUCAACCACAUGCCAAUCCUCAUGGCCAUUCCUCAGAUGCUCACAUUAAGAUUGGGGAUUAUACCUCUGAAGUAGAACCUAGCCGGCCUCGCUGGAAUAUCCAUGGGCAUGUCUCUGCAGCUCAUAUUCAGGUUGGGGAUUAUGCCUCUGAGGUAGAGCCUUCAAGGCCUAGGUGGAAUAUUCAUGGGCAUGCUUCUGAUUCCAACAUAAAGAUUGGUGAAUAUGUCUCGAAUGUAGAACCAACUAGACCUCGGUGGAAUGUACAUGGCCACAUGUCAGAUGCCAGUAUCAAAAUUGGAGAAAAUGUCUCUGAAGUUGUAUCUGCUCGACCUCGGUGGAAUAUUCAUGGGCAUGCCUCCCAGUCUCAUAUUAAAAUUGGUGAGCUAGUUUCUGAGACCGAAACUUCAAAGCCUCGGUGGAACCCCUUUGGCCAUGCGUCACAAUCAAGUAUUCAAAUAGGGGAGUGGAUCCCUUCAACAGAAACUGACUUAAUACCUCAUCAGAAAGGGGUUUCUGGUCCUGCCUCUAGCUCUACAGUUCAGACAUUCCUGUACAAUGGGGAAUUCUGUACAAUCAAAGGAAAUAAUGAAGAACAUGAAUGCAAGGGAAAGAGUACUUCUGAUGAAACAUUGGCUGAUAAUCUGGAUGAAAAGCAAGAAAGCAGCUUGGGAGAGAAUGAAGAGGGUGUUGUAGCAGCCACAACUGGUGAUGCUAACGAUCAGCCCCCAAAUCCUCCUCAAAAUGUACAGAUAGAGGAAUCUGGAAAAUUGACUGACAUGGUCCCUGUGAUUCAACAAACUUCCCUCAUUGAAGUCAGUGCAUCUGAAACCCAAGAAGGAGAACACACUACUGUUGCCAUAUGGAAGAAAGAGGAGGAUUAUAUGAAAGCCUUAUCUGAUCAAUAUUGUCUUGAGAAGUAUCAGGACAGUUACAAUUUGUUGUCAGAGCUUCCAGUUUCCCAUCUCCUACAUCAUGUGAUACCAAGAUCCUACUCAUUCCCUGUGGACCCAUCAGUACAGUCGGCAACAGAUGAAACAGCUGUACAGCUAAGUGAGCUCUUGUCUCUUCCAGUGUUGAUGAAACGGUCAAUUACUGCUCCCUUGGUUUCUCAUGUCUCUCUUGUGAACAAAGCCAUUGUUGAUUACUACUUUGUGGAACUGAAUGUUGAGAAGCAUUUUGAAACAUUGAGGCAUUUUUUGUUGAUGGAAGACGGAGAGUUUGCUCAGUCGCUCAGUGAUUUGCUCUUUGAAAAGCUUGGAUCAGGGCAGACACCAGGUGAACUUCUGAACCCACUCGUUCUCAAUUCCAUCUUAAAUAAGGCUUUGCAGUACAGUCUUCAUGGAGACACUCACCUGGCUUCCAAUCUCUCUUUUGCACUGAGGUAUCUUCCAGAGAUGUUUAAGCCCAAUGCGCCUGAUGCCCUAAACUGCUUGGAACUCUGGUAUAAGGUUGAUUGGCCAUUAAAUAUAGUCAUCACUGAGAACUGCAUGAAUAAAUAUAACAAGAUUUUCUCUUUCCUGUUGCAAUUGAAGCAUAUGGUUUGGACCCUUAAGGACGUUUGGUUCCACUUAAAGCGAACUGCUCUAGUAAAACAUGCAUCAAACUCAGUUCAGUUUCGACAGCUCCAGCUUUAUAAACAUGAAAUGCAACACUUUGUUAAAGUUAUUCAAGGUUAUAUUGCCAAUCAGAUCCUGCAUGUGACAUGGUGUGAAUUUGGAAAUAAACUGUCUUCUGUAGGAAAUCUGGAAGAAAUUUACAGAACGCACGCAGAAUACCUCAACAAAGCAAUCUUCCGGGGAUUGUUGACUGAAAAGGCAGCCCCUGUAAUGAACAUUAUUCACAGUAUCUUUAGCCUCAUAUUGAAGUUCCGGAGCCAGCUAAUCUCUCAGUCAUGGGGUUUUGAUGCCAGCAAACAAAUGGCUAUCCAUCCCAAUUUUGGUUUAAUGCAGCAAUCCUACAACACAUUCAAAUAUUACUCCCAUUUCUUAUUCAAUGUAGUAACUAAGCUUGUAAACAGAGGGUACCAGCCUCACUUGGAAGACUUCCUCCUGCGAAUCAACUUUAAUAACUAUUACAAAGACAACUGAGCUUUAAUAAGACACCACAAACUACUGCUAGAAUGAGAGGGUCCGCUACAAAUGUAUGUUUAUGAAACUUGCUAAUGUAAGAUGCUUCUAAGAAACUUUUUUCCUUAAAGGAUCUAUAGAAAAUGUUAAAAUCUAGAAAGAUUGUAACAUGGCAGAUUUUUCUCUCUCAUCGAUACGGAAAAGCAUGUCACUCAGUGUCAGUACAGCAAUGUGUGCAUCAAUGUAAAUUUGUUAAUGUGUAAAUUCAUUCUUGUGGCAUUGUGAAACCUCAUGCGAGAAGGUUCUCAUGAGAGAAGAACCUUCUCAUAUGAGAAGUAAACAAGGAAAACAAACACAUAGAACCUUGUAAUUAGUAUGUAAGUAUCCAGAGUAAAAGCUUUAUUCCAAACAUUA